AUGAUAAGAUGUAUUAGAAAUUAUUCCACUGGGGAUAAACCAUUAUUCUUAUCUGAUUUGUUACAAAGAGUUCAAAAGAUUAAUUUGAAUGUUAAACCUAAAGUUCAAGCGGUCAAACCAAAGAAAGUUAAUGUGAAAACAAAUCAAAAACCUGUAAUUAGACCAACAACUGAUGAAAGUAAGAAACAAAGAUUUUCUGUUACUGACGUUUCAAUUAUCGAUAUAGCUGAACAUCCAUUAGCUAAUUCUGGAGUUAGAUCUCGAUUCCAAACCCCAAGAACAUCCAAACCUAGAAAUCCAAGAGUAAAUAGAAAACAAACCUCAAGACCAAGACAAUUAAAAUCAGCUACUUCUAAUGAUACCAUUGAAUUAUCAACUAAAACCAUCAAACCAAUAAGUUAUAAACCUUCAUUAACCAAUAGUUUCAUGUAUGGGAAAUCCACCAACUUUCAAAUCAAUUUAACUUCAAGAAUAACUAGUGUUAUAAAGAGUCAAAUUUUAAAAUCUAAAUAUCCAUAUAAAUUACCAAGAUCUAUUAUUGAUAAUGCUCCGGAAGAUUCAGGUAAUAGAUUUUUACUUAGUUCCAAUUACACCAAAGAAAUCAAUGAACAAGAUUUAAUUAAUGAAAUUAAUGAAAAAGUUAAAGGUAGUUUAAACAAUAUUCCUGAAUCAUUAGAAAGUGAUAAAAAGAUCAAUCAAAAUCCUACAUUAAGUUUAUCAUCAAAACAAGUCAUGACCAAUAUCAUUCAAACCAAAAACUUAUCCCAAAUCUUCAAUGAUGCUCAUUGGAGACUGUAA